UGUAGAUUUCCGACGGGAGAAGACAAACAGAUUGGGGGAAUUACACCACCCCCAGUGUUUGUUGUUCUGAAGUUUUCUGCACGAGGUGUCAGGUUUAAAAGGCGACCUAUCUUAUAAAAUGAAAUUUAAAACACUGUGCACUUUCUUUCCUUGUCACCACGGGCAACCUCGAGACUCUUCCCGGCAAAUGGAAAGCGCUUCUGUAUGGCACGCAUGUAUCCGGUGACUUAAGCGAAUUCGUCAUUGAUCAGUGUGCUUAAUCGGAUGGGAUUUGCAAACCCAUAAAAUACUAGUGAUUUAAACAUUUAAAAAACGGAUCGCUGAAGCCUUCAACUAUUUCAUAAAUUGGAUAUUAAAAAAAAAUAUUUCAAAUGUAAUUUAUAACAAAGGUGGAUAUUUUAAUGAUUUUUGGUGUGAGCUUGUCAUUUAAAAAGACCACAAGAGAGAUGGUCCAGAACCGAAGUCGAUAAUUGGAUAAUUUUACCUCGGCAGGUCUGAAGUUUGCAUGGUAUACGAGAUGGACCUUUCGAAACCCAGCACCGAUUAGAGGAAGGUACCCCGUCCGGAAGUGACCAUGAGUUCCAUGUACUACAGGGUGGAUCCUCCGCGGCCAAAGUCCCCAACCUUUGGGAUGGGAACGAGGACCGCUAAAGAAAUCAAGGAAAUAACGGAAAGACUAGUGAAAUCCACAUAUGAAAGAAAGUUAGCGACUCAGGAGAAUAAACAAGUGAAUAAUUAUGAACAUCUACUAGAGUCUGGGAAUAGGAAACGCCUACCGUCUGCUUGUCGUGAUAGGAACAUCAGACCGCCCCCUAGCCGGGAGUCGGACGGGAGGCGCUACACCGACAGAGACUUCCGGGUUCUGAUGCGCCGGUUGAUGCGGCCUACCAUGAGUGCUAGCGCUAAAUAUCAGAAACAGGAUGAGGACACUGUAGAUAAAAUACAGAACCUUAAGGAAGGUAAAAUCGUCCGCGGCGAAAAAUCCGACAGAGAAGGAUCCGCUAAAAGUGUCCGUCGGAUCAGCCGUCCUACUACAGCCUCCCGCGCUAAAACUUUCGAGUGCCACUUGUGUUACGAACACAACAAUAAGAAGGCGGACGAGGAGCCGGACGCGUUCGAUUAUGAAUACUCGGAUUCCAGGGCUGUGCCUAAGGAGGAACUGGAUUAUAUCGUGGAGAGAGUAGCAAUGCCGACCUGUUCCAGUGCCAAAGGAGGGAGGAAAUGUGCCAAAACGCCAGUGUAUAUUGACGAAGUUAAAAUACGAGAACAACUGCCAUUACUUAGUGGUUUAGGAAGGAGUAAAAAUGUGCAAGAAAUAACGAACCGUCUUCAUAAACGACGAUAUAAAUAUACACCCAUGGCAACGGAAAUAACAGUAUUUUCUUAGCUGUGAUAAUUGUGCGAUUGCAUUUUAUUUUUCAUUUCGUUGGUAACUAGUAAGAUGGUUUCAAAAUGAAAUCAAAGGCUCUCGUUUCGCAAAGUAGUGGAUAUUUAAAAGGAUUUAGAUUUUCGGAGUUUCGUCUUUUAAGUGACCAUAAAUAAUACUGUGAGAAAGGAGCGAUCAAUGUCAUAUUUAUACAAAAAGAAAAAAAAAAAGCCUUAUUUUUUUU